UAUGGGUAUUUCUUUCUUUUAAUAUUUUUUUUCUUGUGCAGUGCAAAAGUGCAAGUGCAGGGGGAGGGGGUUCAAUUCAACCACCACCAACCCUUUUUCUGCCUUGUCCAGCUAACCGAUUUUAAUGUCACAAUUAAUUCAUUUAUCUCUUACCUGUUUACAUCGAUCUCCCUUUCCCCUUUCUCUCUCUACUCUCUCUCUCUCUCUCUUAGAUCAAUCUUAAUUAAUUAUAAGAAAAUCUCUCACAUUUUCAUAUAUACCCCUUUCCAAAAAUAAACACCAAGCAGUCAAAAGCAUUAUUUGCUUAAGGAAAAAAGAUACUGAAAACUCCAUUCUCCAAUAUUAUAUUAUUAUAUAAACACAAACCCUCUCAGAACACUAAAUCAUAAUUAUAUUAGCCCUUUGUGUAGAGAUCGAUUAAUGAAUCUCGUCACUUCUCCCCAUUUUUGCUGCCAACCAAACUCUGGUGGUGUUUUUUUCCGGGCAGUUUGUUUUUUCUCACAAAAAAGAAUGGCGGUUUAUAAAGAUCAGAUUGUAUCUAUUAUAACAAUGGCAGGGAGAUUCCUCAACCAUAUCUUGAGUUUCUUUGUUUUCACCCUGUUAGACAUCCUCGAUUUCAUUCUCUGCUAUUCGUACAAAAUCGCCGAUUUUUGUGUGGAAGCAGAGUGGAAGCCCUGUUAUUGUUCUUCAUCGGCAAAAGAAGAAGCACUAAUCACCAGCUCAUGCAGCGGCGAUAUCCUAGUUUCCGAGCAUGGAGAAUAUUCCAAUAAGAAGAAGAUUGUCCGGUUAAGCUGCAGUAAUAAAGUACUGCAGCUCGAAGAAAUCUCGGACACUCUGUACACGCGCCCUUCUUUCGUGUCUGAGGUGUCCAAAUCAACGGCAACCGCCACCAAAAUAAUCCAACGACGUCCCACGUUCACAGUUAAUCCAACAAUAGUCGAAAUGCUGCAAGGCAAAAUAAAGGGACGACAACAGCAAACAAGUACUCUGCCGAUUCCGAGGUGGUCGGAGUGCGAUUGCGAUACUUGCACCGCAUGGACUUGUUCUUCUUCCAAAGAAACGCUCUUCGUCAAAGCUGAUGGAGCUAAAGACGAUGACGUGAAAGAAGAUGUGUUGUUCAUACACGGGUUCAUUUCGUCGUCGGCAUUUUGGACGGAAACAAUUUAUCCGAACAUGUCUGAAGCAUGCAAAUCAAAGUACAGAUUACUUGCGGUUGAUCUGCUUGGAUUUGGGAGAAGCCCUAAACCAAUAGAUUCACUCUACACACUGACGGACCAUUUGGAGAUGAUUGAAAAAUCUAUUAUGGAUGCAUACAAAGUGAAAUCAUUCCACAUAGUCGCGCAUUCUCUUGGCUGCAUUUUGGCUCUUGCUCUUGCCGUUAAGUAUCCCGACUCCGUUAAGUCCUUGACGUUACUUGCACCUCCAUAUUUUCCAGCACCAAGGGGGGAACAAGCAACACAGUAUAUGAUGAGAAGAGUAGCCCCACGGCGCGUGUGGCCACCAAUCGCAUUUGGCGCGUCAGUAGCUUGCUGGUAUGAGCACAUCGGCCGGACCCUCUGCUUAGUGAUAUGCAAGAACCACCGCUUCUGGGAAUUUCUCACCAAAUUACUCAUCAGAAACAGGAUGAGAACAUAUUUGAUGGAGGGUUUUUUCCAACACACGCACAACUCUGCGUGGCAUACACUGCACAAUAUAAUAUGUGGGACAGCUGCAAAAAUGGAAGAGUAUUUGGAGGAGUUGAAGAAUAGAUCAAAGUGUGACGUCACCAUAUUUCAUGGGGAAGAUGAUGAACUAAUCCCUGUUGAAUGCAGUUACAAUAUGCAGUCUAAAAUCCCUAGAGCAAAAGUUAAGGUUGUCCAGAACAAAGAUCACAUUACUAUUGUUGUCGGAAGGAAGGAGGCUUUCGCUCGAGAGCUUGAGGGUAUUUGGGACAAUGCUAGUGGCUAAUUGAUCGACUACGCGUUGUAUAUCCGAUCCCAUAAUCAUAUUAAUAAAUGUUAAUUAAUAAUAUUCCUCUCUCUCUCUCAAAAAAAAAAAAGAACCCUAUGAAAAUCAAGAUUAGGGUACAUGGAAAAAAUUGAGUAUUAAUAUUUGCAUCUUCUUCUG